AUGUUGUCCCAGUUCCGGUGUCUCACCAGGAAUUCCGGCCGCUCCCUCUCUGCGCUCCGCCAGGGGAAUAAUGCGUCGGCUCGUGGAGCUUCAUCAGCUCUGUCAGCAAGCCAUUCUCUCACCUUCAACAACACUGUAAAAUCGGAUCCCCGAUCCAGCAUCUUCCAAAUCCAGUACUUCAGGACAUCUGUAGCCUACAGGGAUGAAGUUGUCACAGUCAAGACCCCUGCCUGCGUCACAGAAGGAGACGUAAGGUGGGAAAAAGAAGUUGGAGACAGAGUCAAAGAAGAUGAGGUGGUGUGCGAAAUUGAGACGGAUAGGACCUCAGUGCAGGUUUCCUCUCCUGCUGCUGGAGUGAUUGUGGAGCUUUUGGUUCCUGAUGGAGAAAAAGUCAAGGCGGGAACUCCUCUUUUCAAGCUUAUAAGAGGAGCCAUGCUCCUAUGGCUGCAGCUGCCCCUCCCCAGCCCGACCAACCUCCAUACCAAGACUAUGCCCCCUGUGCCCCCUGUGCCAGCACAUGCCGCAAUCGGAACAGUGUUCGGCAGCCUUAUUAUCGGUUAUGCCAGGAACCCCUCGCUCAAGCAUCAGCUGUUCUUUUACGCCAUCUUGGUCUCUUCUGUCUGA